AAAAAUAGUAAAGAGGGAAACGGGAGAAUAAUAAACGACUCAUUUUUUUCGGAACAGAUUUCUUCUAAUACUCUUUUUUCUUCUUCUAAUUUUAUUGUUUGGAUUUUCUCCAAUUUUUUUGUUCAGUCUUGAUUUUGCCGGUGUAUGUUAAACAGUCGAUCAGCUUUCCGGUGAACUGAUUUUUCUGGGGUUCUUUUUCAUAAUUUCAUGGCAGUUCAGUUUUUGUAGUUUGAGUUCAAAGGAUGAUGGGGAGUUAUAGUGAGUUUGAAGAAGAAUGUUUCUUUGAUAGCCGUGAAGAGAUUACUUCUGUUUCUGAUUUGGGUUCUGAUUGCAAUGAGACAUGUGUUCGUAGUUUGGGUGACGAGUGUGUUUUAGGAUAUGACUUAUGGAAUAAGGAUCCAGAAAGUGUUGAUGAACGUCGUGAUAGAUUUUUGAAGUGGAUAGGUUUGAGCUCAAGUUGGGACGGACCUGAUGGGAAAGAAAAGGGUGGUAUUACUACUCAUUACAGAAAGAUGAGUGUUGAUAGAAUAAGGGAUGUCGGUGAAACUGUUCUGGCAAAUUCAGAUUCUCAAGAAAGCUGUUUCUCAGGUCGGUCUUCUCAAUCUUUCCACUCUAAUGAAGCUUUGGAAUUGGAUGAGGAUGGUGCAGCAGAAGUAAGAUUGCAUUGGAAAAUUAGAAAUUUGGACAACGGAGUAGAGUUUGUUCUUGAUGAAUUUAGUCAGGAAGGUAUGCUUAGCCAAGUACGGGAAGUAGGUUCAAACAAGUUGUUCACUGCUGAAGAGUUCCAUAGAACUCUUGGGCCAUCGCCCUUGGUUCAGAAGUAUCUGCGGAGAGCGGCGGAUGGAAUUGAUACAGUUGAUACUAAGACAAAAACUAAAAGAAGUUGGCUUCAAAAGCUAACUGUUGCGACUCAUAAUAAGGUGAAGUCAAUGGGGGACAAAGUGAAAGGCAAGGAAUCCAACUUAAAGACAGGUACUAACAUUCAGAGAGUUCGGGUCCACACAUGUGAUAAGGAGUCAAAAGAACUGUCCUCACUUCACACAGGGCAAGAGUUCCUAGCACACGAGGGCUCAAUUUCAACAAUGAAGUUUAGUCCUUGUGGCCAGUAUCUAGCAAGUGCUGGCAAAGAUGGCAUGGUGCGCAUGUGGAGGGUGAUUGCAGAUGAAAUUCCAAACAACCUGAAUGCACAUGAUGGUGACUCCUCUUGUUUAUACUUCUCACUGACUCCUACGUCAAAAUUAGCUUCUCUGAACGACAACAAAGAGAAAAUUAGUGUGUCAAAAAUGAUGAGGAAAUCGCCAGAAUCAGCUUGUGUCGUCCUCCCACCAAAGAUUUUCCGGAUAUUGGAGAAACCAUUGCACGAGUUCCAUGGACACAGUGGUGAGGUCUUGGCCCUUUCAUGGUCUAGAAAUGGGUAUCUGCUGUCAUCUUCAGUUGAUAAAACAGCUCGUCUCUGGAAAGUGGGGCAAGAUCAAUGCCUUGGCGUUUAUUCACAUAAUAACUAUGUCACUUGUGUAGAAUUCAAUCCAAUAGAUGAUAACAUUUUCAUUAGCGGUUCAAUAGAUGGGAAAAUACGUCUCUGGGAGGUGCAUGGUUGCCGAGUAAUCGAUUGGACUGAUGUAAAAGAAAUAGUGACUGCUGUUUGUUAUUGUCCUGAUGGAAAGGGGGGCGUAGUGGGAUCCAUGGAUGGCAAUUGUCAUUUUUAUGAUGUAAUAGGUAAUCAAUUGCAGAUGGGCUCACAAGUAUGCCUGCCAGGAAAGAAGAAGCUUGCUCGCAAGAGAAUAACUGGAUUUCAGUACUGCCCGAGCGACUCUAGCAAAGUCAUGGUAACUUCUGCUGACUCGCAAGUUAGAAUACUUUGUAGAUCCAAUAUCAUCUGCAAAUUCAAAGGAAUUCGAAAUUCAGGGAACCAAUUUCCUGCAUCUUUCACUUCGGACGGGAAACACAUUCUCGCAGUUACCGAGGAUUCAAAUGUACAUAUCUGGAAUUAUACUGAGCAGGGCCGAAGAACAAACAAACCGAAAAAAGUCCGGUCAUCAGAGAGUUUCUUUUCCAACAACGCAUCAGUUGCCUUACCUUGGUCGGGCUUCAACACAAAUCCAGGAACGCUACCUAGAAGUAGUAUUUUAGAAAACAGAAAUGUCAACAGGAACUCACUGCCAAGGGCGUCCGAUUGUUUCUCCCUAGGGCGUACAUUUUUGGUAGACUCUCUAACUAAGGGCUCCGCGACAUGGCCAGAGGAGAAACUGCCUAAUUCUUCGAGUCCAGUAACUGUCUUCCCAUCGGUAUGCAAGUCUGAGUACAAGUUCUUGAAAAGUGCUUGGCAAGGUGCAUUGAGCUCUCCUCAUCUGUGGGGUCUUGUGGUUGUUACUGCUGGACUGGAUGGAUGUAUUAGAACAUUUCUCAACUAUGGAUUACCAAUUCGUUUUUGAAAAUCUAUAUUGUUUGUAAUUUAUGAUUAAAUUCUUGUCUUUGCGUUCAAAAGGGAAAGAGAUCCUAUUGUUUAUAGGUUACUACUAGUAUAGAUACAUAUUCUUUUAUUUGUUUGAAUUAAAUGUGAUUACUAUUUUCCAAUUAAUAUCCAGCACCAAGAGAGUGCUGGACAUUGAAGAAGUCAAAAUGCAGCUCAAUUUUUUCAA